GAUGACCACAGGCAUGAGCACAGCAGGCGUUCACCGAGGCUUCCUCAGGAAAUAUGGGGGCUUCAUGUUUAAACAGUGGAAGGAGAAGUACCUCGUGCUGACCAUGGAGGGAAGCCUGCUGGUGUGCCGCGAUGCAGAAUCCCCUCCCGAUCAGGUGGUAGCACUACAAACCAACUGCGAGUCCAUCGCAGAGGGGAGGGAAAUCCUUGACCUCCCCAAGUUGCCUCCAGGGGGCAGGAGGGACUGCUGCUUCGCCCUCAUCUUGCCGCAGAACAAGUUCCUCCUGUUGCUUACAGACAAUCCCGAUGACUGCAAUCUUUGGCUGAACUUGAUCAGAAAAGUAAGAGAGGGUGUUAUGUCACCCCUGACUCUUCAGAGACAGCGCAGCAUCACUCCCUGCAUCACCGACAGAGACCCCCUGCCCGACUCCUCCAGCGACAAAGACCCCGGGUCACCCAGGGUCGGUGAGGCCACUCCUCCUCUGUCUCAGGUCACUGAACGGGGAGGCUCCUUCAGAGACAGAGGCCAAAACCAAGCCAGUGGACCCCGGCGGCCUCUACGAAGUGUUUCUGUGGCCCCCCCUCAUCGUGUGUCAGAUUGUCUUCGCCAUGGCAACAGCAGCGAUGCACGGGCAGUGAGGGCGGUGUGCCUGCUGAUGGGGGGGGCAGCGGCCUCCUCUGCUCUGGGCUACCUCAGCUCCUGCUCCCCGUCCUCUCCUCUUGCCAGCAGAGGCCCGGAGAUCGCCCACGGCACAGGAGGCUUCUCGGAGCUCCCUGCAGGAGGCUCCUUCCACGCCUGCAGCCAGGACGUCGACUCCCCGCACUUCAACAGCUUCGACUUUGAAGGAGACUCCGACUUUGAUGCAUUCGACUGUGGAGGAUUUGCUUUUUAGUUGUGACUAGAAACUGUUGCAAAGACGUUUUGUUCUCAUAAAGAUCCCUGUGUUGCUAUUCCUUUAUAAUAUAAAGGCAUUGUUAUUAAUUAAUCACUCGUUGGGCUAUCUAUAUGUCUAAUUUAUAAAUUAAUGAAGGUGUGCUUCUUGGCCUUACGCCCAUGCUCCUCAGGUAAAUCAUUCAUGAUCCUGACUCCUCUGAACACUCUGUCUGUGAUGUAUCACUCUUUCCAUGCCACAGGACAGCUUGAGGUUGAGGGAUAAUGAUUCCACACAGCAAUGCAGUUAUUUAUGAGGAAACUUUAGUCUAAGAAUGAUAUAAAUAGUGUUUCUCAACUGUUUGUCUCAUCACUGUGUUCAUUUUCUACUUUUUUAAUAACUUGAUCUCUGUGAAUAUUUUCUCCUCAUCCACAUUCUCUCCAUGUCACUUUGCUUGAAUUCCUUUUGCCCUGCUUUCAGAAAUCGCCACAUCAUCAAACAGCCGCACACACCAGCAUCGUACAUGAAAUGCAGUCCAAAGGUGAACUCUUAAAUAAAUCCCGCUGUCACCAUGACCGCGAGUCUUUCUCUCUAGAUCCGUCUGCUGUUUGUUGGCUGGCGUGGAGCAGCAGCGCAGACAGCAGGCCCUCGUUUGGAGAGGAGGGAUGAGGGAAGGAGCAGAUUUGCAGACGAGGGGGGAUAUGAUGAGUCUGAAUGGCCGUGUGUGCUUAUCUGAGAUUUUGUCUCACAGCAAAAAUAAGCUCAUGGGCUGGAUGUGGACUUGUGUACAUGUGUUUGUGUGUGUGCUCAGUGUUUGCACCAGGAUUAGCUUUAUGUGCUGAGAUCAACAUCCAGCACCUGCUCACAAACCACUGAGGGCAAGGAAGGCGUUGUGGAAUAUCUGCAUGAUCACAUUAUGCUUUCUUGCUGUUUUCCUUUGUCAAAUAUAAAAAGGACUCAACUGACUGUCAUCAUGAAACUGUAAUUGAGAAGAAAUCGUUAUUUUUCACUUGUAUGAAAAUAAAUAAUUGAUAUCCUGGAGAAGA